AUGACAAACUUUAGUGAAUCAGAAAUUUCAGAAUUUAAAGCAAGUUUUAAUCAAUUUGAUGAAAAUGGUGAUGGUCAAAUUAGUGCAUUAGAAUUACAAAAGAUUUUAACCAAAUGUGGUGAAAAAGUAACUGGUGUCGAAGUUAGAGAUAUGAUUAAAGAAGUUGAUACCGAUGGAAAUGGUUCAAUUGAUUUCAAAGAGUUCCUCCAAGUUAUGCAAAAAGCAAGACAACACUCUGCCAAUGCAUCACCAGCAUUUGCAUCAGCUGUUAAAAAAGUUGGCGCUGUCAAUACCAUUGGUGGUUAUUCUGGUUCAACAGCAUCUGGUGUACAACAUUCCUAUUCCGAUGAAGAGAAAGUUGCCUACAUUGAUUGGAUUAACAAUUGUUUAGCAAAAGAUGUUGAUCUCAAAUCAAGAUUACCAAUUCCAGAAGAUGGUGAUAAAUUCUUUGCAGCAUGUAAUGAUGGUUUAUUAUUAUGUAAAUUAAUUAAUGAUGCUGUACCAGAUACAAUUGAUGAACGUGUUUUAAAUAAAAAGAAUUUAAAUGCAUUCCGUAUUAAUGAAAAUCAAGUACUUUGUAUUAAUUCAGCAAAAGCAAUUGGUUGUAAUGUUGUUAAUAUUGGUGCAGGUGAUUUAGUUGAAGGUAGAGCUCAUUUAAUUAUGGGUUUAACAUGGCAAAUUAUUAAGAUUGGUUUAUUCGCACGUAUUAAUUUAACUAAUCAUCCAGAGUUGUAUCGUCUUUUACAUGAUGGUGAAACAAUUGAAGAUUUAUUGAAACUUCCAGUUGAAGAGAUCUUAUUGAGAUGGUUCAAUUAUCAUUUAGCCGCUGCUGGCUCACAAAGAAGAGUAAAGAAUUUCUCUGGUGAUAUUAAAGAUUCAGAAUGUUAUACAAUCCUUUUGAAACAAAUCGCACCAAAGGAUGCUGGUGUCGAAACCUCUGCUUUGAAUAUCUCAAAUUUAGAUCAACGUGCUGUUAAAGUUUUAGAGAAUGCCGAUAAAUUAGGUUGUAAGAAGUUCCUUAAACCAAAGGAUAUCGUAACUGGUUUCCAAAAACUUAAUUUAGCAUUCGUUGCCAAUCUUUUCAAUACUCAUCCAGCAUUGGAACCAGUUGAAGAUGUUGUUAUAAUUGAAGAGACUCGUGAAGAAAAGACUUUCCGUAAUUGGAUGAAUUCUUUAGGUGUAGAUCCAUUCGUUAACAAUCUCUACGAAGGUACCUAUGAUGGUUUAAUCUUAAUUCAAUUAUUCGAUAAGAUUUACCCAGGUCUCGUCGAUCAUAAGAAAGUCAACUAUCCACCAUACAAGGCAAUGGGUGCUGAAAUGAAAAAGAUUGAAAAUUGUAAUUACGCCAUUCAACUUGGUAAAGAUUGUAAAUACUCUUUGGUUGGUAUCGAUGGUAAGAAUGUCUAUGAUAAAAAUAAGACUCUCACCCUCUCAAUCUUAUGGCAAUUGAUGAGAGGUCAUGUUAUUUCCAUCUUGACUGCUCUCUCUGGUUCUGGUAAACCAAUCGCUGAUGCUGAUAUCGUCAAUUGGACAAACUCUAAACUCUCUGCCGCUGGUAAGAAACAAAUCUCUGGUUUCAAAGAUUCCACCAUCUCUACCGGUAUUCCAAUCUUGGAUGUCAUUGAAGCUGUUAGACCAGGUUCAGUUGAUCCAGCUUUAGUUGCUACCUCUGGUUCUGCUGAAGAUAACUUAUUAAAUGCUAAACUCGCUGUUUCUACCGCUCGUAAAGUUGGUGCUGUUGUUUUCGCUCUUCCAGAAGAUAUUGUUGAAGUUAAACCAAAGAUGGUUUUAACCCUUUUCGCUUCAUUAUGGCAAGUUGAAAUGACUAAAUAA